AUGCGUGUGGAGGUGAAGUUCGGCACGCAGGCCCUCGCGGUGGAGCUGCCGGAUGGCCCCACGCCGCCAACUCUGCUGCGGCUCAAGGAGCAGCUCUACGCCCAGACGGGGGUACUGCCCGCGAUGCAGAAGCUGCUCGGCAAGCCCAAACUGAACGACCCUGACAGUGACGACAAAUCGCUUCUGCAGCUGGGCGUGCGCAACAACGCGAAGCUGAUGCUCAUCGGCGCCGCCGUGGCGGAGGUUGUGUCGGUGAACACCGUCUCCGCCGCACAAAAGCGGCAGGAGGAGGAACGCGUGAAGUUGCUGCGGAACCUCGAGCGGAACAUUUGGCUGCUUCCCUCCUUUGCCGGCUUCAUGGCGGACCCGUACGUGGAGGGCAAAGGCUUCCCGCUGGAGGGCGGCGGGGUGGCGUUGGCGCUGCUGACCCUCGACGUGGCCCUCUCGCGCAUCAACACGCUUGGCGUGACGACCUCGGACGGCGCCGGCACGGCAGCUUUCCUCCUGCACUCGCUGGGAAAGGAGGGGCAGGCGACCAUCUCACACCCGCUGCUGCGCCAACUCAGUGCGGCGGAUAUUCAGUCGCUUCAGCGGGCACACGGUGCGCUGCGCCGCUGCUACUACUUUGCCCAGGAGGCGGAACGGGCACAGGGCCCGGAGCAGGUGCUCGCGAUCGUAAAGAAGGCAGUGUCCGUCGUCAGUGGGCUCGCGCGGGGGGAGUGGCUCCUGAUGCCAAGUGGCUGGGUCGGGCUGAAAGCCGCGAACGCUGUCUACCUGCUCAUCCACCGGCGCGGGCCUGAGGUGUUUGACGUCGUCGUCGUCAAUCGCGGCAGCGAAGGCGUCUCGUACCACCCGUCGUGGCAGACAGCGGAGAAAAUAGUCUCGUGCCCGCUGCUCCGCUUCGAGGGGGUUGCGAGCGCCCGCCUGCUGGACCCCGCCUUUUGGCUGCUGCUGCUCUCCCUGCGGAUGCGUGGGAACGCGCCCGAGAACCGGUCGGAGUACAUCCGCGAGGAGGUCUUCUACGACGUGCUGCUCCCGUGGCUCGUGGAGCGGGGGCGCAGACUGACGGACCCGCCGCGGUUUGCGACGGAGAUGCUGCUCAGCUCCAGCGACAACCACGACGCGGAGGAAGACGAGGCGGCGGCGGUGCAGCGGCGAAGGACGCAGCCGGCAACCGACGCCGCCAUGCGCUGCUUCCCGGCCGCCGUACACGAGCACAGCGCGACGGUGGCGCGAAGUGCGUCGAGCGCCAUCAAGGGGGCCGUCACGGCACUUGUGUAUCUUCUGGAGCAGUACGGCGUGCGGUCACGCCCCGUGCAGAAGUCCAUAAAGUACGCGCUCAAGUAUGAGUUCAUGAUGCGUGCGGCGGAGGACCUCAGCGUCGUUGCCCGCCGUUUCCUUCGCGGCUGCCGCGGCGGCGGCGACGACGAUGACGACGAGGCAGACGACGCCGACGGUGCGCUUGGAAAUGCGGACGCCGGUGCUGCUCGCAUCCGGCGGGCCCUGCGGCAGCUGCGAAGUGCCGGGGUCGACGACACGGUGUCGGCGGCAACGAUGGACGAUCUCUGGCGCACCGCGCGGGCGUCGAACAUCGUCCUGGUGAGCGGCGAGAACGUUCUCCUCGCCGAGGAUCACUUCAAGGCGAAGACGGUGCUCGUCUACUGCGGGGGGCUGCAGGCGCCGCCGUGCAAGAAGUUCUCCGCGCUUCUCUCGGAGGCCACUCCACGGCUGCUUGGCGCGGUGGCCGGCGUCGAACUCCUCUUUCUUAGCUGCGAUCGCGAUCGCCAGGCUUAUGAAGAGCACGCGUCGAUGUUUACCUUCCCCCGCGCCGCCUACCCGUGCACGGAGCUGCUGAAGCAGUUGGACAUCAGCCACGUUCCAGAGCUCCUCCUCUUCGCCGCCGACGGUCGGUUGGUGCACCGGCGGGGUGUGGCGGCGCUUCGCACGGACCCAGAGGCGGCAUUGUUUCCGCGCGGCCCAUGGACCGGCGCGACGCCGCUGAGGGCGGUAGAUGUGGCGAUGUUCCGCUGCGGUGCUGCCCAACUUGCGCACCACACAAAUAAACGCCUCACUGGGGAAGGCGGUGCACUCAGCGAGGCGGAUGCCACACGCGUGCUGGAGCUUCUUGUUGCCGUGCAGUGCAUGGUGGAGGCGCUGCCGAAGGAGCCGCAGACGCUGCGAAGCGGCCUCGCCACGAAUGGGGUGUCGGAAGAGCACGUGGAUAACACAGAGUUGCAGGAGGGCGAGGAGCGAGAAUUUAGGCUCUCACAGCAGUGCCGCGUGGCGGUGGAGGACAGCGCAUUCGCCAACACAAGUCUUCUGCCGUCCGUCUCCACCGUGGCGUACUACGGGCAACCGGUGCAGACGGUUCUGCCGGAGAUGAAGGAGAUGAGCGACAUGCGUCGUGUGACGGGGUGGUCGCAGCUCGAUGUGGCGCUUCGGCGCGCGGUGGAGGCCGUCGAUGUGCUUUGGUUGCGCGCCCGCCACAGCUGCACCAACUCGCGCGUGGCGAUUCAAAUGCACAUCAUUGAGCUCAUCUCGUGGAUUUUUCUGGAAAUUGUGCCGCUGCCGCUGCCGCCGGGCACCGACGUCCGCGCGGUGCCGGGGGAAGAGCGACAGGUUGUGGCGAGCUUCUACACGGAGGAGGCGCUGCCCGAGGCGGGCAACACGAGCGCCGGCGCCGGCGACGCGCAGACCCGCAUACAAGAAAACAUCUACUCGCUUGUGCUGUCGUACACCACGGCGUGGCAGGCGGUGGAGGUGCCGACGCGGGCCUUUGACUCCAAGCGCUGCUUGGUUGCCAUGGCUAUUCUCGUCGUGUAUGACGCAGUCGCCCGUUGCACGCGCGGCGGUGGGCAAUGCAGCCUUUUUGCCUCUAUGCUAAACAGUGACGGCGGGUAUUACCUCUCCACCUCCGUUGGCAGGCACGCCCUGCCUUUUGUGCGUGUCAGCGCCACGCUGGAGCUGGUGCGGCCGCAGUUCCUGCUGGCGCGCUCUGCCAUCGUGCGCUACAUCACAUUCCAGCAGCGGCACUGCGCCCACGAGCUGUUCGACCUGCGGAUGCCGGAGAAGUUGGAGCUGCGCAAGGAGAGCGUCACGGUGCGGUUCCUGCGCCGCCUCCUUGACAGCUGCGGCUACAGUCUGCACGCGGCGGGCGGGUUUGCCGCCGCGGGCUCCGAGAUGGACAUGCUCAUGCAGUGGUUCUGCAGCCACCGCACUUCACUGGCGAGAGAGCACCCCGAGUUCGGGCGGCUGCGCGACAUGGUGCUCCUCACAAAGUUUCUGGCAACGAUGGAGAUGCGGGAUGCGCAGCUGCUGCGCCGCCGCAGGCAGCUGGACGAGUUUGCGACGUGGCGCCUCACCUUCGACGAGGACGCCCCUGGGCGCCAGAUGAACGCCGGCUGGCGCACAAACCCCUCCCCGCCGGAGUGGGAGUGCGUGCUGGUGCGCGGCCGCGACAGCGACAUUGCCGACCUCGUGGUGACGGGCUUUGGCGACCGCGAGCUGCUCUACGGCGAGGGUCUCCUGCUGCACUCCCCCAUCGACGUCGGCCGCCUCCUCGGCGUGGAGCACCCCACCGAGGACGACGUGCUGCACGCCACCGCCAUGCCGACCUUUGAGGGGACGAUGAGCGAGGAGGAGUCGGAGAUUUUGCUCUCGUGCCUGACGGUGCCCUACGCGCGGCUGCCGCUCGUGCUGGACUUCUUUGCCUCGCAGGACCGCCACACGUACCUCUUCACCCCUGCCCUGCAGAGCGUCUUCUGCGCGGUGCUCUUCGAGCCCGACGUGUUUGUCGCGCCGGAGACGCUGCAGGCGGCCGCCCCAACGAUGGUGCCGAUGCGUCUCACGGAGCAGCAGCGAAGGGUGGUUGAGCAGCGUCGCCUGCGUGGCGACCUCGCGGCGGAGGACUUCGAGUCCUGCCUCGGCACCACCUACGGCCUGCUGCUGAAUGAGCUGCGGCACAGCCCCGCCUCCGUGCUUGACCCGCUGCGCCGCAUCCUUGAAGGGGUGCGGGAGAUUGGCCCCACCUCAGUCUACAGCGCCAACGCGUCGUACGUGCUGUUCAUUGUGGGGGUCGUGUGCGACGUGCUCGCCUUCUGCGGGCGUGUGCGCCGGUGGGCGUCGCUGGCGGGCUCGGCGCAGCUGGCGACGAUUACGGCCUACCACGCCGCGAUGCUGCAGUUCCUCCUCGCGGCGGUGCAGCCGAUUCUGAGGGAGUGGUGCCAGGAGGCCGCGGGGAACGACGACACCCCGACGCAGUGCGUGCUGCACAGUUACCUGGCGGUCAUCCAUCGUGCGGCGUGGAAGCUGGCGGUGGCGACGGAGCGCGCCGCGGCGGCCCGCCAGGACCUCGACGACGACGAGGCGGAGGGCGGCGGCCAGGCACGCACGACCGACGCCCCGCCACCCGCCUCCCCUGCGCCGUCGUCCCACGAGCACUUGGUGUCGCAGCUCGAGUCGCUUUUCUUCGUGCGUACCAGGCACAGCUUUGGCAUGGGCAUGCAGCGCACGCAGCUCACCGCGCAGGAGGGGGACCGUCUGCUGUCGCCGGAGGAGAAGCUGCAGCGGUUCCUGCAGGCCCAGGGCCUUGACACCGCCGGAAGGGCGAAAAAAGUACUGGAGGAGGGGCAGCAGCUGAUGCUCAGCGGUGGUCGCCGCCGCGCCGUCUUUGUGCAGAUCCGUGGCCGCCACUACAACGACACGGUGCGGCUACCGAAUCUUUUUCGCAGCGACGCCCGCAGCACGACGGAGUCGCGGCAGCUUAAACUGCCGCCCGCGGAUGUCCCGGAGAGUACCAUCCUCAGCUGCAUCGUGGGGGAGAUGCACGACAUGCUGGCGUACAUAGAGGCACUCCCCCAGGAGGAACUCGACGCCCUUUUCGAGCGCAUCAAGAGGGUCGUGCUCCGCAACUACGUGCAGGGCACUGCGGCUGCCGCCGCCGCCGCUGCUGGGAGCAUGGCGGGAGGUGCGCCGUCAGUGGCGUGCGCCGGAGGCCCCGACGCAAUUGCUGCGCAGCCGUCCAACGAGGAGGCAGCAACGUCCUCGUGGCGAUUGGCUUCGCCUGGCGUCUAUCGCGGACCUGCCGCGACAGGCCUCGUCUUAAACAUGCACUCCUGUGAGCUGUUCUGGCGCAAAGAGGAGCUCAAGCCGGUGCCCGACAGCAUGUCGCACUUCACCGACUUUGAGACAAUCCUCGGCCACGAUGCGCUGCGGUGCGGCCUCGUGAUGCGCCACAGACACCGUCACUGGGUGCACGUCGUCGGCACGCCGUUUGACGUCAUUGAGUGGACGGCGCCCAGUCCGCUGGAUCAGGGCGUCCACGUCCCGCUGGUGCUACAGGGCGAGCUUUCACAGGAGCCGGUGCACGCGGCGUCCUACGACGGCGUCACGUUCAACCGCGUUGUCGACGUCUACGAUGAGGCGCCGUGGCCGGUGCGGGCGGAGCGGUGGGCGGUGGGCCUUGUGCGGGCGGUGCUGCGCGAGGAGUUUCCCGGGGGCAGCAUGAAGUACUUCCCCGUCGCAGAGGCGCGCGACGCGGCGCCGCCGCAGGAGCGGCCGGAGGACGGCACCGGAGGUGCUGUGCGGGUGAUGCGCUUCAUCAUGAACGACGCCCCGCAGUACCCGGACGAGGGAGAGCGGGCCACCUGGAAGGAGUUGAUUGCGUACAAGCACCCUGCGCCACACUUCCACGUGUUUAACCUCGUCUCACACGCCCGCAAGAUGUACCGCUCCCUCGUCUUCACCUCGAACCAGCGCUACUGUCUGCACAGCCUUGCACUGGUGGUGCGGCCGCGCGAGUGCGAGCAGCUGCGCCUCACGGCUUUUCAAGCCGGGGAGCUGACGCGGCGGGUGCGGUGCGAGGGCUGCAUAGAGAUCCACCGCUACAACGCCCGUCUGGGGGCGCGGGAGAUGUACCUGCCGGCGCGGCUGCUCCAGGGGCUGCUGCCCAGCGCCCUCCUCGAGGCGUUUCUCUUUUGGCAAGAAGAGGGCGACGGCAGCGUCAUUCGCGGCUACGGAGCGGGGGAGGCGCAGGACUUCUGGUUCAAUUACGCCCUGGAGGUGCGGCUGCGGCCCGGCAAGGCGGACUGCGUCGUCACGCGACUGGAGAACGCCGCACACCGUCGCCCACGCGGCGGCAGCAGCCGUGCGACGGGCAGCGGCACACCCGCAGCGGGCGCCGAGGAGGAGGAGGAGGUGGAGGACGGCGCAAGCUGCGGCGGCGCACAGAUGGCGUUGCUGCGGAGCGCACUGACGCCCCUCUCGGACGCGACGUGCCGCUGGCUGCUGCGGCGCCUGCGCGGGGACGUUGUGGCGGCGAUUCAGUGGGCUCUCGACCCGGCCAACCACGACACGAUUACCGCCGUGGAGGGGCGGGCGCAGCAAGGCGCCGCGUCGAAUGCGGCGGCGGAGACGUGCAGCGACGACGGUGCGCUGCGGCAGUCGCCGGAGGAGGCGCGAGAGGGACAAGGCCUCGUGCUGCUGAGUCUCCUGCGGAAUCCCGCCCUCGCCCCGCUGCGGCAGCUGCUAACGGAGCUGGAGGACUGCUCUCACGUGCUGGUGUGGGGCCGCGUGUCUCCGCGGCGGUCGCCACCCGGCGGCGACGAGCAGCGCGAGGCGGAGGUGGAGGCGGAGGCGGCGACGAUGGCAGAUGUCGCCUCCAUCGAGCUUCCACGGCUUCGCGCGAGGUUUCAGCCGCGCGUUGACACCGUCACCGGCCAGCUGCGCCUGCACCUCGUCGACCACCCCGGCUGGUACGUGGCCGAGGCCGACGACGUCCCACGCAACGUGCGGCACGACGGCGCCGGUGACUUUUUGCGGCACCUGCGGCGGCCGUUUCAGCAGUGCCUGACGCUCUGCAACGGCACGGGCGGGUUUGCCCUGAUGGUGCCAAACCACGAAUUCAUCGCGAUGCAGGUGCGGGAGGACCCAUUCAGCCCGCUGCUGCUCUUCGACCGCUCCUCCCUGCGCUGGCGGGAGAGUGUGGCGUCCCCGUUUUAUCUCUUUGCGGUGCACCCGUGCGGUAGUUUUCUCACCCCACCCACGCUCGGCGCCGCACUGUACUACGCCGUUGUGCAGUGUGCCACACAGCACUACACGGAGGCGAUGCGGACCUUGGAGUCCUGCUACACGGACUGCGCUUUCAGCGUGGAGGAGGCCUUCAUGUUCAGCCUCAUGGAGCGAACACUUCCUGACAGGUUUCCCGACGCCCACGCCGUGCGACUCAAACUGGCACACGCUAUCCAGUACAGCCCGCAGGAGCUUCCCUGGCCCCUGCACCUUGAGCUUGCCGGGUACUUGUGUAAGAAGCGCCACGUCUCCCAGGCGUGUCAGCUGACGCGUGAGGAGGUGCUGGACCUUCUCCGGCGCUGCUCCACGGCAACGCCCAUUGUUCGUGCCCAACUGCAGCUGUGGGCCGCCCUUGUGAGGGAGGAGCAGAGACAGACCCCACAGGCCUUGACGCCGCAGUGUUAUGUGGCGGUGAAGAUGCAGCCGCCGUCGAUGGAUCGCUGCGGGUUUCCCUGGGAGCGCCUGCUGCUCUACCCCUGGUCCCGCAUUGAGCCGCAAAGGCCCCGGCGCCUCACCUACGAGGCCCCGGAGGCGGAUGGCCUGCAGGAGGAAGCCCUAGUGGAGUUCCUCUGGGCAGAUAAGCUGCUUCUCGAUGAGGAGACCGGGGCAAACAGCAAGCUGGGGUUUUACUUUUUGUACUGCCUUAAAAAUGGCCUGCUGUCAACAAAGCUCUUUGGCGAGGACGUGCAUGCGACGCUGGGGCAGCUGCUCAGUCGCUGGUUUCACCUGCGACACGCCCGCUGGGGGCGGGAGGUGCAGCGGGACGGCGAGACGGCGGCGCUGCCGUCGUGGGGCGCCACUGUGCUGCAGCUGAUGGACCUUGCGCCCGCCGCCGCUUGGCCGGAGGCGGUGACGGAGGUGCGGGCGCAGCACCGCAUGCGUCAGGGCGUCAACCUGACGACCUCCACCAGGGAGAGCGGGGCGCAGACGACGCCGCACGUCCUUGUGCGCUUCUACCAGUCCCUGAAUGAGGUGGCGCGAGGGGCGUUUCAGCGACAAGAGGCGGUGCUGCGGCAGCGGGAGCGGCUGCAGCGCAGCCAGAGCUUUACUGCAAGCAGCCGAGAGUUCUUUGUGCGCAUGACCGACCAUCUGCGGCCGCGUGUCGUCCCCGCGAACACAGGCAUGGAGCAGCUGCGGCUGUCGUUUCACGCGCUUUCUGCCACGGCGUGGGUGGAGCAGCGUGAGGCGGAGGAGCAAACCGCGUCAACGCAUGCAGCGAGGAUGCGGGGGCGGCUGUCGGCCCUCCUGGGCGCCCCCCUGAGCGAGGUGGAGCUGCUGUCCUCGUUUGUUCGCGGCGAGGCCGCCGCCUCCGCCGCCGUGCCCGCCGAUGACAGUGAGGGCCCGCAGCGUGGCGGGGGGCGUUCGCGACUGCCGUUUGAUCUCCACCAGCAUGCGCAGUGCAGCACCCCGCUCGCAAGGCACCUGCUAACGCGACUUGAGGAGGACGCCGAGCGCUUUGCGCAGCAGCAGCGGCGGCAGGUGCACUACUCCCUCCCGACCCUCACACGCGAGCGCCUGCGCGUGAUUCUCUGCGACGGCCGCGUGGGCGCCGUCCAGGCGACACUCAGGACCUCGGCGGCGGAGCUGCAGAACUGCAUCACCGCGCUCUCCAACCUGAGUGCGGCGGAUGCGGCGGAGGUGCUGGAGCUCACCGCGUCGGCCUUGCACCUCGCCAAUGACAUUUGCACCCCCACCCAGCCGGAGCGCGACACCGAGGUCGACGGUGAAGCUGCGAGGGAGGAGCACGACGGUGCUGGGGCGCGUGUGCGGGAGUACCGGCUGCAGCGAGUGCAAGGCUGCCGCUCUGCCGUUCCACUGGAGUGGCUGCUGGGCGCUUUGCUGAGCAGCGACAUGGCGACCGAUUUGCGGGCGGUAAACCCGUUUCACGGGGAUAUCGAGCGGAUAAAGGCGGAACUUGUCCUCCUGAUGCUCCUCGCCAACCGUAGCUACAUGGCGCAGCAGGCGAAACAGGCUGUGCAGCAACUCGUGCUCUUUCUCGAGCUCUGCGCACGCCUCCGCGGCGCAAGCCACGCCGUGGGCGAUGCCCCCGUCCUGGCGCAGGACCCAGACGGCGGCCGGGAACGACUGCAGGAGCUCCUGCAGCGCUUCUCCAUCGGCGUGGACGUGGGGGCGCUGGAGCGGGGUGGCACGCAUUCGACGGACGGCGAUGGCGGCGGCGGCGGCGGCGGCGAGGGGGGCUGCGGGUUACGUGUUUUGUCGGAGGAGGUGGUGGCGCUGUUGGAGGGACGCAUGCUGCAGCUGGAAAAUGAGACCGUCGAGCUCCUCAACGCCCGGCGGCACUACGCCACGCUGGGCGACGCCGCGGACGGGGCGGCGGUGUCGCUCGACCCGCGCUACCUCCUCUUCGAGUUCCUGCACAACCUCCUCCUGCGCGCCCGCCAGGUGGAGAUGGUGCGGUGGUUCGUCGCCAACGCCCGCGCCGGGGUGUCGCGGGUGCAGCAGAUGAUCAUGGGGCAGGGCAAGACGACCGUCGUGGGGCCGCUGCUCGCGCUGAUCCUCGCCGACGGGGCCCAGCUCGUCACGCAGGUGAUGCCGACCGCCCUGCUGGAGCAGACGCGCGGGAUUCUGCGCCGCUGCUUCAGUGUGGUGGUGCCGAAGCAAAUCUACACCCUGCAGUUUGACCGCGCGUUUGAGGACACGGACACAAACAGCAUCGCGCUGCUGCAGCAGAAGCUCGACGCCGCAGCCAAGACCCGCGCCAUUCUCAUCUCCGCCCCGGAGUGCAUAAAGUCCGUUUUUCUCAAGGCGAUUGAGCAGCUGCACCUGAUUGCGACGACGCCGACGGAGGAGCUGGAGGCCGUGCACGGCGGCGCCGACGAGCGCGUGGCGGUGCAGGCGCGCGGGCUGCUUCGCCGAACCCAGCAGCGCUCCGCCAUGGCAGACGCCAUCACGCCCAUCCUUCAGCUUUGGCAGCGCGGGGUGCUCAUCAUGGACGAGGUGGAUGUCCUGCUGCACCCGCUCCGCUCCGAGCUGAACUUCCCCAUCGGGCUGAAGCACCCCAUUGACCUCAGCGGCCCCCGCUGGACGCUGCCGAUGCACCUGCUCGACGCGGUGUUUUUUUACCACCGCGGCCGAACAUCCUCCGCGGCGCUGACGGACGCGGCGCACUUCGAUGUCGCACUCGCCUGCGACGCCGGACGACGCCCCGCCGAGGAGCACCUCGCAGAGGAGGGCGGGGCGCCGGAGGAGCGACAGAGCCUGCAACGGACGCUGCUGAGCGGCAUCCGCGACGCCAUUGGAAAGGGGUAUGAGAUGCAGGCCCUGCAGCGGGAGCCGCAUCUCGUGCUGCUCGACCACGCGUACUACCAGCGCCUGCUGCUCCCGGCAUUGCUGCCGUGGGUGCAGCUGUGGCUGCUUCACGAGAUCCGGCGGGCGAGCCGGCUUGGCUUCCACGCGCCCACCGCAUCCUUCGCGGCGUCACUGAACUGGGACUCCUUCCGUGCAGGCACAACCGAGUUUUUGCUCCAUCCCGUGCGCCCAGCCAGGACGAGUGCUCUGGGGUCUGCCAUGAACGCGAACUUCACCCCGUUUGCGAUUCAACUGCUCUGCCUUGCCCACGACUGGUUGCACCGCCUUCUGCCGCACGUCCUGGCAAAGAUUGACCGUGUGGGAUUCGGUCUCAUGCAGCCGCAGGACAUGGAGACCGUGCCCGCGGAGGAGCGGGAACGGAUGCCGCUGAGUCGUCGUCUGAUGGCGAUUCCGUUCGUCGCGAAGGACGUGCCCAGCCGCAGCUCCGAGUUCGCCCACCCCGACGUCGUGAUUGGGCUAACGGUGCUUGCCUUUCGCUACGAGGGCAUGCGCCUCACCGACGUCAAGGCGCUGCUGCUGCAGUUGAAGCAGGACUUUACACGACAGUCGGGGCCGAAGGAGCAUCGCCCGGCGGCGCGGCUGUACCACCACUGGCUGCGCCUCAGCGUGUCUGCGGAGGCGCAGGGCGGGUGCCACGCCUCACAGAACGUGGCAGCAGCGUCCCCGGCGUCUGCGGCGGCGGGCCUCGCGGAGGCCACCCCGCCGCCGCACGCGCCAGACGGCGCACCGCCCCAGGAUCGCUCCGGCAUUCCACUUUCGCAGCUGCACGUGACCGACGAGGUGGCGGUGCACGCCUUGCACCACCGCCUCCGCUACCUGCCGGAGGUGGCGCACUACUACUUGUGCUCCCACGUCUUUCCCCGCACCAUGAACUUUCAAGGCAUGAAGAUCAGUGCCUGUGGCCACGAGCUCGGCUCCUCCAUGCUCUUUACCAGACGCAUUGGGUUCAGUGGAACUCCCAGCAACCUGCUCCCGCGCGACCUUGGCGAGUGCUUCUACGAGCCCGGCAGCGACGGCCGGGUGCUGGCGGUCCUCACCGACCCGUUGGUUGUCACCACGGAGGUGCUGCCGCCGGACUGGACGCCGCUGCGGGUGCUGGACCGCAUCGCCGCAGCCCAUCCCCCGUACCACGCCCUCAUCGACGCCGGCGCACUGAUCACAAACAUGGAGAACGAGGAUGUCGCACGCUACCUGCUCUCCCGGCUGCCCCCCGCCCUCUUCGACGGUGUCGUGUUCCUCGACAACAAGGAUCGGCAGAUGAUGCUGCAGCGCGGCAACGGAACGAAGGUGCCGGUGGCGCAGUCCGGCGUCGCCCUCACGCGACGCUUCACCUUCUUCGACCAGGUCCACACCACAGGGACGGACGUGCGUCAGGCGGCGUCGGUCACGGCGGUGGUGACGCUGGGGAAAGACAUGGUCUUCCGCGACUACGCGCAGGGGGCCUACCGCAUGCGGGGCGUGGGCAAAGGGCAGCGGCUGCGGCUCUACCUUAUCCCCGAAGUCCUCGCACGCAUCCACGCCACGCUUGGUGUGGCGGCGACGGGCAACCGUCUCCUUGACGUCCCCGCGUGGCUCCUACUUAACUCGGUGCAAAUGGAGAGUCUGCAGUUUAUCAAGCUGAGCAUGCAGGAGCUGGCCAACGUGUGGCGCAAGAAGGCGCUGCAGUACCUACUCGCGGACUCCAUUCACUUCCACGCACAUCCAGACCUCUACACCGACAUGGCACGCUGCAGACGGUUUCACAUGCGGCGGCAGUGCGCGGAGGCACCGUCGCUCCCGGAUCUCUCCCUCCUUCGCUCCGCCAUUCAGGAAUUCCGUGAGCCGGUGGCGUACCCGGUUGACGCCGUUAUUGACACCUGCGUCCCGUUUCUGCAGCGUCUAAUGGAGCACACACGCGAGAAACCACAGGCCCUCAUCGCCGGCGAUGCGGCGUCGCAGCAGUUUCUUGACGACCUCAUGCAGCGUUUGGCCUCCUCGCUUGCGAGUCGCGGGACUGAGUUGACGACCGCCGCGAGCGCCGACGCCGCCGCGGCCAUGAAUUUAGACUCCGAGGUCGUGCAUGAGCAGGAGGAGGAGCAGGAGCAGGAGCAGGAGGCGGAGCAGGAGGAGCAGCGGGUUUCUGUGGCGUCGCGUGACGACGAGUGCCACAUCCCCUGGCGGGUGGAGACGCUUGAGACGCACUGCAAGGACCACCCCGCGCAGGGCAGCUGCUUCUACCCGGUGACCCGCUUCCGCGUCCGACCGCAGCAGCCGCUGCUCCUCGUGGAUGCCGCGAUUCAAGUCAGCGAAAACUACUAUCGUGAGGGUUGGCACGGCGCCGGCGAGCGUCGUUUGAAGAACGUUUUCUUCUCGCUAGAAUGGGUUCCGCUGCCGUCCAACGAGGAGGAGGUGCACGUCCUUCACUUUGGCCUGGUCACCCUUGCGGAGGGGGAGUCGCUGCGGUGGAUGAUGCACCACCCGACGCUCCUCGCAGGGCGGGUCGCUAUGGCGUUGCGGGUGGUGAGCAGCGGGCGCUACAUGGACGCCACGGACCUCUUUCCCCUCGCCGCCCCCCGCGUUUGGGAGGGGCGCGUCCCUGCCGGCCUGCCCCCAGCGGGGGUUGCGCCGUCGCCGGCGCCGGCGCCGUGCGUGGAGCGGGACGGGGCACUGCUGCUGUACCGUUUCGUUAACAACGACAUGUUCUUUUUGCCCGGGGAGUUGGCCGUGCUGGAGGAGGUGCUGCGGGGCGUCUCUCGCAUGGACCGACUGCAGUUCUUCACAGACUGUCUGCGUGCCCGGCGGCGCCACAGGAAUCACUGGGACGACGCACCGGUGGCCGCCCUCUUUGUUCCGGCGGAGCAGCAGGAGGCCAUGCGGCCACUGGCGAUACUUACCGCGCUGCGCGUGGGGUUUGAGGCGUUGCACGAACGCGCCGUACAGACACCUCCACCCGCGCAGCUGGUUGCACAGCUCCGCUCCUUCCACGCGCGUGUCUCGCAGGCUUUGGAGGAAUCCCCGGACGAAAUGCAGCCGGCGGACCCGUCCACCGCGUCGUUGCCUUUCGACAGGAUGGCGCGGAUCCUUCAUGAUGUCUUUCCAUCCGUCGCCAAGCCGUUUACGCCGCACGACGUGGAGCACGCGCUACGGUACUUGUGCCAACACGCUGCGCCUGGACUCCGCACCUGCGCAGCCACGGGUGGGGGCCAGCCACACUGCGUCCCUCUGCGCCGUGUGGCGGAGGCGUUUCCCGUGCUGCAGGAGGAGUUCUUUCAAGCGCGCCUCGCCGCGACGCAUGCACCCGGGAGCCCAGAAGAAGAGCCGUGGCACUGCCUAAGAUGUACUCUACUCAACGAUUCCACACUGCGACGGUGCGUUGCCUGUGACUCGCCGAGGCCAUCGGCUGCAGCCCGCGGCGAGUGUGCUGCGACGCGCACGGACACAACUGACGCGCCGUGGUCCUGCUCCCAGUGCACGUUCAUCAACGCAUCCCAGCGGCAGUCGAUGUGCAGCAUGUGCCUGUCUGCGAACCCCAACCCACUCGGCGACGCACAGGCCGGUGCGGGCGGCAUCGAUGCCGCCCUCUCCGUGGCAUGGGAGUGUCCCCCCGGUUGCUGGGCGUGUUCCGUCGAGCACGGCGGCUGCAGCAAAUUCAACCCGAACGACGUCUUCUACUGCCAGGUCUGUGACAAGGCCCGACCGGACUUGGCCGCGCUUCGCUUUUAG